AUAAUCACCAACCAGCCCUUCUCUUCUCCCUCCGUUGCUCGUUUGCUCCCCCUCUCUCUCCUUACUCUUCACCUCAAAGGGACACCAACGCUAGUAACACACCAGCAGGUUGGCGAAGCAGACUGUCAAGCGACAAGGACACGAGAGGGAAAAGCUAUUUUUAACCCCAGAUAUUAUCCAUCUGAAAUAACGGAAACUGCACAACACGUUAUCCCUCCCUAUCGAACCUCAACUUCUACUGACCAGCCGGCCCUUCAGAGACCAGUUAUCCCUCCCUAUCGGACCUCAACUUCUUGCGCUUCAGAGGCCAGCUGACAGACAAGACAACUGACUGAUCAAAAAUAAUAAUAAUAAUAAUAACGUUUGGAUUCAAAGUUUUAAAGACACAGAAACUAAGGAAGAGCUAACCAACCAAACAGACUGCAUUAUAGAUUAAAGAAAGAAACACACAACAACAAUAACAACAGCAGCAGAUGGACUGACUGGCACAACAGAAAGACACAUAUCAACUCUCUGACGACCAGCCGGCGCCUCACAUAAAUGGCUGACAAGCAGAUCAGUUUGCCUGCCAAAUUGAUAAAUGGUGGUAUCGCAGGGCUGAUCGGCGUGAGCUGUGUGUUUCCCAUUGACCUGGCCAAGACCCGCCUGCAGAACCAGCAAAAUGGGUCACGACUCUACACCAGCAUGUCCGACUGUCUUAUAAAGACCAUCCGCUCAGAGGGAUACUUCGGAAUGUACAGAGGGUCUGCGGUGAACUUAACCCUGGUCACUCCAGAGAAAGCCAUCAAGCUAGCAGCAAAUGACUUCUUCAGACAAUACCUCUCCAAGGAUGGUCAGAAGCUCACCCUGGUCAAAGAGAUGCUGGCCGGGUGUGGGGCAGGUACAUGUCAGGUUAUCGUCACGACUCCUAUGGAGAUGUUGAAGAUUCAGCUUCAAGAUGCUGGGAGAAUUGAGGCCCAGAGGAAGCUGAUGCCAGAGACUGUAGUACCGGGGACCGUGCCGACCAAGUCCCCCACCGCCAUGCAACUGACCAGGGAACUGCUUAAGGAGAAGGGAAUCGCUGGGCUGUACAAGGGCCUGGGGGCCACACUGCUCAGGGAUGUUCCGUUCUCCAUCAUCUACUUCCCUCUGUUUGCCAACCUGAACGACCUGGGGAAGAGAGGAGCGGAGGGCCCCGCUCCGUUCUAUGUCUCAUUCCUGGCAGGCUGUCUGGCUGGCAGCACGGCCGCCGUGGCUGUCAACCCUGUAGACGUGAUAAAGACCAGAAUCCAGUCUAUGAACAGAGGGAGUACAGAGGAAACCUACAGCGGGGUGACUGACUGUAUCAGUAAAAUCAUGAAGAACGAGGGUCCCUCUGCGUUCCUGAAGGGGGCGUACUGCCGUGCCCUGGUCAUCGCGCCCUUAUUUGGUAUCGCCCAGGUGGUCUACUUCUUCGGGGUGGGAGAAUACAUCCUCAGCUUCCUGCCUGGCAACUGAGAACAUCAACCAAUCGGAUCUCUGCCUUUCCCUCUCUCACGACCACAUCACGCACAGCACACCGAAAGACACUGGGAUCACCUCUCGUCAUGAAAUAAGGUUUUGAUCGCUUGAUGGAUUGUUUUAAUAUCUGAUCGUUGUCGUCGGCGGGUUAAAGUAUGACUACCACCAAUUUAGGAUUUCUUUUCCUUUGCCCCCUUUUGGCUCUUCCAUUGUCCUUGUUGUGUUGAAUGUAAUGCUAUGGUUGUGAGCACAGUAGUAAGAGUACUUAGGAGAGAGAUGUGUUGAUGGCAAAGCAGCAUUCCAGUGGAAUUAAUGCCACAAAUACUCAAUUCUCAAACGAUGAUGAUUAUCUUAUUUUUUUAAUAUAUAUUUUUCUUUUGAUAUGGGCCGUGAAUUACAGGGUAGAUCUAUUGUCUGAGUAUAUGGUAGUUAUCUCCGUUAACCUCCAUAGUGUCAGAAUGAUCAUGCGAAUGACAACUAUUGCCUAUAAAUCACAUUUAAUAUUAAUUACUUAUCUUGUAAUAAUAUAACAAUGUUUUUUUUUUAAAAGACUGGUCCAAAUGAAAAAGCGUAAUUUGAUGCUCAAGAAAACAAAGGAUCACUUAAGACUAUUCAAAGUUAAGACUAUUCAAAGUUAAGACUAUUCAAAGUUUACCAAGCAUGCUCAUUAAAGAAACCAAAUGCUCCAUACCUUAUUAUUGUUACCAGCUAUUACGUAGUAUACUUAAGCAGUAAGGCCCGAGGAGCUGUGGGUAUAUGGCCAAUAUACCACGGCUGAGGGCUGUUCUUAGGCAACACGCAACGCAGCCCUUAGCCGUGGUAUAUUGGUCAUAUACCACAAACCCCCGAGGCGUCUUCUUGCUGUUAUAAACUGGUUGCCAACGUAAUUAGAGCAGUGAAAAUAAAUGUUUUGUCCUACCUGUGGUAUACGGUCUGAUAUUACCACGGCUAUCAACCAAUCCGCAUUUAGAGCUCGAACCGACCAGUUUAUAAUAUGAAUUAGAGCUUAAAUCUUAAAAUCUUACAUUUAUUUUUAAACGUGUUUCAGGCCAAGACCCAUAGAAUAUCUUAAGUUGUGAACUAUAUACAAUUAUACAAUACUAACACUCCCAUUGGAUCUAACCGGAACAGCCCAGUCAUCCCUGCCUGUGAUUGGUUGUAAUUGCCAUUCAGCCAAUCACCUUAUAGCUCUGUGUGGACCCUAAUUGCCUUGUCCCUGGUGCUCUUUACUCUAUAGGGGGCAGCGGUCUUGGUGUUAAACAUUUGGGCCAGUACUGAUACUAUAUCUGAAGACCAACCUAAUCUGCAAUAGAUUCUAUACAACAAAAACCAGAAUCAAUGAUAAUUGAUGAAGCCACUUUUAAUAUUGUCCAAAUGAUUUCUAACUGUUUAUUGUUGUUAUUAAUAUUUGGAAAGAUACUCCUCUUACAGCCAUUGAAACAUUAAAACGUGUAGUUUGACAUCUUUCCCAAACAAGAUAGACAAACAAUUUGAAAAUAAAUCUUCCUCUACUUCUCUGCUAUUGAAACCUGAAAACAGAGCAGGAAUAACCUCUACCAAUCAAGAGGUUCAGCUGUUUUAGUAAUCACAUCAACUCCAUUUAUUAAGGUAACUUUCCACUGUUAACUUAACUGUCACAUAACUUUCAGAGAUGUCAAAUUAGAGUUGUUUAAAUUUUUUUACAUUUGAUUUAACCUUUAUUUAACUAGGGACGUCAGUUAAGAACAAAUUCUUAUUUACAGUGACGGCCUACCCCAGCCUAACCCAGAUGACGCUGGGCCAAUUGUGCGCCGCCCUAUGGGACACCCAAUCACGGCCGGAUUUGAUACAGCCUGGAUUCAAACCAGGGACUGUAGUGACUCCUCUUGCACUGAGAUGCAGUGCCUUAGACUGCUGCGCCACUGUGUGUGCACCAUAGAAUUAGGAGUUAGAAUACUAGAAUGGACAUGAACCUUAUGAUGGGAUAAUGGUCAGCCAUUUUGGUCAGGGAGUUGGUCAACCAUGGUGUGCCACUGCUGUGACAGGAGUUAGAAAAGUUGUAAAUGCAACAAGUAUUGAUAUUGUAUCAUUAAAUAGCACUCACAGCUUUAUCAUUAUUUUCUUGGGGACGUUUAUAGUCUGUUUACAUAUAUUUUAGAAGCUAUUUGUACAGAAAAGGUGUAUAAAACUUGAAUAAACUCUAUUUAUAACAUGUGACAAUAUUUUAGCUUGACACUAAUUUAAUUACACAAUUUCUCAUAUCACAUGCUGUACUUUUAUUUUCAUGUAUAAAGUAAAAUCAGGAUUAUACCUCUGCUAUCAUUCAUUCCGAUCAGACUGGUGUGGAUUUCUCCCUGACCAAUAUGGCUGACAUUUUCCCCUUCCAUUCUAGAACCUUGAGGGUUUAUGACAUAGUAAUUUAAUAGGAUCCCGAUGGUGUGCACAUCACAUUCUAAGAAUGAGACAAUAUGUAAACAAUGGGACUUUUGACAGAAAUCAGCUACUUUGGCCACUUUCAACAAGUUAAGAGCAUAUGAAAUCUUCGCCUGUUUCUCUCCUAUUUAAAUAUGAAAUCAGAACAGGACUAACUCUACCAAUCUAAAGAUACAUCUGUUUGAGGAACCGCACCGACUGCUUUUUAUAACUUUUAAAACAACUUACAUUUUUACCACUUUCCCGAAAAGCUAGACAAAAAGUUAGAAUGUAUGAAUUCUUCCUCUACUUCUCUACUAUUCAAAUCAGGGCAUCAGAACACUUCUUUCACUACCACAAAGAUACUUGUAAAGAACUGGGGAAAGGCACACAAUUUUAAUUCAUGUAAAAUUACAAUCUAGUUGUGAUUUCCAUAGUGUACUAAAAAUAUUAUACUAAGAUUGUGUACUAUACUACAAUAGUGUACUAACAAUUGUUUUAUUUCAGUCAUUCAUUGUACUAAAACUAUCUUUAGCUUGAGUAUGUUUUGUUUGUUCUCUUGUCUCUUUGGGGAUUGAAGCUUCCAUGGUGGCUUUGUUGUAAAUGCAUUUGUUACAUCACUGAAGGCCUGCCACACCAUUCAAAUCAACUCAAGCUUUAUUUAUACAGCACCUUUCAGACAUGGAAUGCAAUGUGCUUCACCGGGGGAAAAAAACUCAUUCAAAACAAUGAAAAUAAAAACUGAAAUAUUUACAACCCAACAAACAUAAGAUAAAAGAAUGACAAAAAAGCACACUAAGUAAAAGCUGUGUUUUACAGUUGACCAAUGGCUUUCUUGGGUAGACCAGACAGGAGAGCAUUACAGUAAUCAUGUCUGCUUGUAAUAAAAGCGAUGAGUCUCUCUGUUUCAGCCUGAGAGAGAAACGGCCACACCUUGGCAAUGUUCCUCAGGUGGUAAAAAACUAUCUUGUUCACAUUCCUGAUUGUGUGAUUAGAAAUUGAGUUCAGAAUCUAAAAUAACAACUAGGUUUUUUACAUGGCGUUUUAUCUUUAUUGCCUGUGAUUUAAAAUGUGCGUCCAGAUUCUCUCUCUAUGCUUUGGAUCCAACAAUAAGUACCUCGGUCUUGUCUUGAUUUAGCUGGAGGAAGUUGUGAGCCAUCCAAGAGUUGAACCAACUGAAUAGCUUCAUCAGUCUGGCAAGAUGAACUCUUGGACGGCUCACAACUGGUUCAUUCCCUAUUGGCACACUAUUCCCUACAUAGUGCACUACUUUUGACCUAGAUUUGGUAAAGCGUAGUGUACUAUAUAGGGAAUAGUGUGCCAUUUGGGAAGGAUCCACUGUUAACGUGCAACUCAGCUCUUCAGUGUUUUAUUAUUGUCAUGACAUAUUGGGAGAUAACUGAGAUCUAUCAUGUGUUGGGAGAUAACAGAUCUAUCAUGUGUUGGGAGAUAACUGAGAUCUAUCAUGUGUUGGGAGAUAACAGAUCUAUCAUGUGUUGGGAGAUAACUGAGAUCUAUCAUGUGUUGGGAGAUAACUGAGAUUUAUCAUGUGUUGGGAGAUAACUGAGAUCUAUCAUGUGUUGGGAGAUAACUGAGAUCUAUCAUGUGUUGGGAGAUAACUGAGAUCUAUCAUGUGUUGGGAGAUAACUGAGAUCUAUCAUGUGUUGGGAGAUAACUGAGAUUUAUCAUGUGUUGGGAGAUAACUGAGAUCUAUCAUGUGUUGGGAGAUAACUAAGAUCUAUCAUGUGUUGAGAGAUAACUGAGAUCUAUCAUGUGUUGGGAGAUAACUGAGAUCUGUCAUGUGUUGGGAGAUAACUGAGAUCUGUCAUGUGUUGGGAGAUAACUGAGAUCUAUCAUGGGUUGGGAGAUAACUGAGAUCUAUCAUGUGUUGGGAGAUAACUGAGAUCUAUCAUGUGUUGGGAGAUAACUGAGAUCUAUAACGCUUAUCAAUAUUCCUUUCUCUAUAUAUAUAUAUAUGUGUAUGUAUGUAUGUGUUGUGUCCACCUCAGUAUAUCGCAGAUGAUAUGAACAUUUCCUUAUCUAUAGUUUUAUUGCACAUUUUACCAGCUUUAUUUACACACCUACCUCUCCAGCCCCCCUUCUCUCAAUCCAUGUUGUUGUUGUUUUUAUUAUUAUUUUUUAUGAAAUAUUCAAUUGAAGGAAUUCAUGUCAUUUUAAUGCAAAAAAAAGAAGCUAUAAUUUGAGUGGUUUAUCUUCAUACUCAAAAACUGUAUGCAAUGAGAUACAAUCCUAUUGUAGCUCGAUGACAUCUUGUCCUUUACGACCAAAUACACACCGUGUUAAACCCUCUAUGCCACCAGGAAUUACCUUCUGAAGAAAAUUAGCUUAGAAUAAACAAUGUGAUGAUGAUUAUGAAUUCAUGUCAAAUCAAGUGUAUUGCAACACAAUUUAUUUCUUGAUUAUUUUUUGUUGUUGCUCAAAAUAGUGGAGAAACAUAGCAAACACACGUAGCUAACACACGUAGCUAACACACGUAGCUAACACACGUAGCUAACGCACGUAGCUAACACACGUAGCAAACACACGUAGCUAACGCACGUAGCUAACACACGUAGCUAACGCAAACAAAACAUACUUGAAUCUAUUCAGUAAAUCUAAUUAAUAAAUGCAUUACUGUCGUAGUCGGAAAGCAACAUGAUUUUAGAAUUUCAUCUUUGUUUUCAGAAUGACUUGUUUCACCACAGUGGCGAUAGUAAUGACCUGGUCAUACUAUCAUUACAUCCAUGUCUUAAUGAGCAGGUCUGAUCAGUUCUAGCCUAGAGGUCAGAUAGCUAGGGCAUUUAUCGUUCACUGAAUCCCAAACCAACCCAUAGGGUUAGGGGAUAGGGUUAGGGGAUAGGGCUAGGGGGUAGGGCUAGGGGACAGGGCUAGGGGGUAGGGCUAGGGGAUAGGGCUAGGGGGUAGGGCUAGGGGAUAGGGCUAGGGGGUAGGGCUAGGGGUUACGGCUAGGGGAUAGGGGUAGGGCUAGACCUCGGACCCCCUGCCAUGAUCAGAGAUCAGAGAGUAUGUCCCCAAAGGCACCUUAUUCCCUAUAUAGGGCACUGCUUUUGACCAGAGCAGGGUUCUAUAGGGCUCUGGUCUUAUGUAGUGCACUAUAUAGGGAAUACGGUUCUAUAGGGCUCUGGUCUAAAGUAGUGCACUAUAUAGGGAAUAGGGUUCUAUAGGGCUCUGGUCUAAAGUAGUGCACUUAUAUAGGGAAUAGGGUUCUAUAGGGCUCUGGUCUAAAGUAGUGCACUUAUAUAGGGAAUAGGGUUCUAUAGGGCUCUGGUCUAAAGUAGUGCACUAUAUAGGGAAUAGGGUUCUAUAGGGCUCUGGUCUAAAGUAGUGUACUAUAUAGGGAAUAGGGUUCUAUAGGGCUCUGGUCUAAAGUAGUGCACUUAUAUAGGGAAUAGGGUUCUAUAGGGCUCUGGUCUAAAGUAGUGCACUAUAUAGGGAAUAGGGUUCUAUAGGGCUCUGGUCUAAAGUAGUGCACUUAUAUAGGGAAUAGGGUUCUAUAGGGCUCUGGUCUAAAGUAGUGCACUAUAUAGGGAAUAGGGUUCUAUAGGGCUCUGGUCUAAAGUAGUGCACUAUAUAGGGAAUAGGGUUCUAUAGGGCUCUGGUCUAAAGUAGUGCACUUAUAUAGGGAAUAGGGUUCUAUAGGGCUCUGGUCUAAAGUAGUGCACUAUAUAGGGAAUAGGGUUCUAUAGGGCUCUGGUCUAAAGUAGUGCACUUAUAUAGGGAAUAGGGUUCUAUAGGGCUCUGGUCUAAAGUAGUGUACUAUAUAGGGAAUAGGGUUCUAUAGGGCUCUGGUCUAAAGUAGUGCACUAUAUAGGGAAUAGGGUUCUAUAGGGCUCUGGUCUAAAGUAGUGUACUAUAUAGGGAAUAGGGUUCUAUAGGGCUCUGGUCUAAAGUAGUGCACUAUAUAGGGAAUAGGGUUCUAUAGGGCUCUGGUCUAAAGUAGUGCACUAUAUAGGGAAUAGGGUUCUAUAGGGCUCUGGUCUAAAGUAGUGUACUAUAUAGGGAAUAGGGUUCUAUUGGGCUCUGGUCUAAAGUAGUGCACUAUAUAGGGAAUAGGGUUCUAUAGGGCUCUGGUCUAAAGUAGUGCACUAUAUAGGGAAUAGGGUUCUAUAGGGCUCUGGUCUAAAGUAGUGCACUAUAUAGGGAAUAGGGUGCCAUUUGGAAGGCAGACAGACAGGAAAGACAAAAGGCCUAUUGUAUGUGAUCUUACCUGUUAUUUUAUUCAUUGAGUUUAUUCUUCAAACAUUCCAACUGCCAACUCAUCUCGUAUGAUAAUAUCUUUGUUAAUUUCAAAUGCUUGUUAUUAUUGUGUUUUUGUUAUUGUUGUUUUGUUAUUGUUUACCCUUGUGUUGUAUGAUUUUCUUUACGGUUUUAAUCUUGAACAUGCUGAACAAUGAAGUAAUUUUCAUUCAGUUUUUGAUCAGCUGUGAAUUUGUCCUGACUGUGUCGAUCUGGUCGGUUUGGUUGGGUGUGUGUGUGUGCGCGUGUGUGUGUGUGUGUGUGUCUGGUUUGGCUGUGAAGUAAUGCUGUAGUUAGUAAUGACUUAGUCAUAGCUUAGUUAGUUAGUGUGACACCUUGUGAUGUUAUUUCUCUUUGAUGUCAGUCCCACUCUCUCUCCUUUCUCUACUUCUAUCUAUCACACGCCUCCGUCAUCUGUCCGUCUGCGUCAUGUGUAUCUCAGGGGGGCGAGGAGGAUCUAUCUUAACACCAAAAAUACAAUUAUGAAAGCACAAAUAAAGAUUAGGCACAAAAUCACAGAAAAACCCUUCCUAUCACUGAAGCACUAGACAACACAGCCAAUGGGGUUCCACAGAAAAACCCUUCCUAUCGCUGAAGCACUAGACAACACAGCCAAUGGGGUUCCAGAGAAAAACCCUUCCUAUCACUGAAGCACUAGACAACACAGCCAAUGGGGUUCCACAGAAAAACCCUUCCUAUCACUGAAGCACUAGACAACACAGCCAAUGGGGUUCCACAGAAAAACCCUUCCUAUCGCUGAAGCACUAGACAACACAGCCAAUGGGGUUCCAGAGAAAAACCCUUCCUAUCACUGAAGCACUAGACAACACAGCCAAUGGGGUUCCACAGAAAAACCCUCCCUAUCACUGCUGCACUAGACAACACAGCCAAUGGGGUUCCAGAGAAAAACCCUUCCUAUCACUGAAGCACUAGACAACACAGCCAAUGGGGUUCCACAGAAAAACCCUUCCUAUCACUGAAGCACUAGACAACACAGCCAAUGGGGUUCCACAGAAAAACCCUUCCUAUCGCUGAAGCACUAGACAACACAGCCAAUGGGGUUCCACAGAAAAACCCUUCCUAUCACUGAAGCACUAGACAACACAGCCAAUGGGGUUCCAGAGAAAAACCCUUCCUAUCACUGAAGCACUAGACAACACAGCCAAUGGGGUUCCACAGAAAAACCCUUCCUAUCGCUGAAGCACUAGACAACACAGCCAAUGGGGUUCCACAGAAAAACCCUUCCUAUCACUGUUGCACUAGACAACACAGCCAAUGGGGUUCCAGAGAAAAACCCUUCCUAUCACUGAAGCACUAGACAACACAGCCAAUGGGGUUCCACAGAAAAACCCUUCCUAUCGCUGCUGCACUAGACAACACAGCCAAUGGGGUUCCACAGAAAAACCCUUCCUAUCGCUGAAGCACUAGACAACACAGCCAAUGGGGUUCCAGAGAAAAACCCUUCCUAUCGCUGAAGCACUAGACAACACAGCCAAUGGGGUUCCAGAGAAAAACCUUUCCUAUCGCUGAAGCACUAGACAACACAGCCAAUGGGGUUCCAGAGAAAAACCCUUCCUAUCGCUGAAGCACUAGACAACACAGCCAAUGGGGUUCCAGAGAAAAACCCUUCCUAUCGCUGAAGCACUAGACAACACAGCCAAUGGGGUUCCAGAGAAAAACCUUUCCUAUCACUGAAGCACUAGACAACACAGCCAAUGGGGUUCCAGAGAAAAACCCUUCCUAUCGCUGAAGCACUAGACAACACAGCCAAUGGGGUUCCACAGAAAAACCCUUCCUAUCGCUGAAGCACUAGACAACACAGCCAAUGGGGUUCCACAGAAAAACCCUUCCUAUCGCUGAAGCACUAGACAACACAGCCAAUGGGGUUCCACUGAAAGGACCUCGCUGUUGGAACAGUAGAAUUGGAAUGAGAACACCUUGUUCUAGUUCUUAGAGGAUCACAACGUUCUAUAGCUACCAAGUCCCUGUGGUGUAUACCACCUUGCUACAUCGUCUAAAGAACAUGUCUCUGUGGUGUAUACCACCUUGCUACAUCGUCUAAAGAACAUGACCCUGUACUGUAUACCACCUUGCUACAUCGUCUAAAGCACAUGUCCCUGUACUUUAUACCACCUUGCUACAUCGUCUAAAGAACAUGACCCUGUGGUGUAUAACACCUUGCUACAUCGUCUAAAGAACAUGUCCCUGUACUGUAUAACACCUUGCUACAUCGUCUAAAGAACAUGACCCUGUGGUGUAUACCACCUUGCUACAUCGUCUAAAGAACAUGUCCCUGUACUGUAUACCACCUUGCUACAUCGUCUAAAGAACAUGACCCUGUGGUGUAUAACACCUUGCUACAUCGUCUAAAGAACAUGUCCCUGUACUGUAUAACACCUUGCUACAUCGUCUAAAGAACAUGACCCUGUGGUGUAUAACACCUUGCUACAUCGUCUAAAGAACAUGACCCUGUACUGUAUAACACCUUGCUACAUCGUCUAAAGAACAUGACCCUGUGGUGUAUACCACCUUGCUACAUCGUCUAAAGAACAUGACCCUGUGGUGUAUACCACCUUGCUACAUCGUCUAAAGAACAUGACCCUGUGGUGUAUACCACCUUGCUACAUCGUCUAAAGAACAUGUCCCUGUACUGUAUACCACCUUGCUACAUCGUCUAAAGAACAUGACCCUGUGGUGUAUACCACCUUGCUACAUCGUCUAAAGAACAUGUCCCUGUGGUGUAUACCACCUUGCUACAUCGUCUAAAGAACAUGACCCUGUGGUGUAUACCACCUUGCUACAUCGUCUAAAGAACAUGACCCUGUGGUGUAUACCACCUUGCUACAUCGUCUAAAGAACAUGACCCUGUGGUGUAUACCACCUUGCUACAUCGUCUAAAGAACAUGACCCUGUACUGUAUACCACCUUGCUACAUCGUCUAAAGAACAUGUCCCUGUACUGUAUACCACCUUGCUACAUCGUCUAAAGAACAUGACCCUGUGGUGUAUACCACCUUGCUACAUCGUCUAAAGAACAUGACCCUGUACUGUAUACCACCUUGCUACAUCGUCUAAAGAACAUGACCUUGUGGUGUAUACCACCUUGCUACAUCGUCUAAAGAACAUGACCCUGUGGUGUAUACCACCUUGCUACAUCGUCUAAAGAACAUGUCCCUGUACUGUAUACCACCUUGCUACAUCGUCUAAAGAACAUGACCCUGUGGUGUAUACCACCUUGCUACAUUGUCUAAAGAACAUGACCCUGUACUGUAUACCACCUUGCUACAUCGUCUAAAGAACAUGACCCUGUGGUGUAUACCACCUUGCUACAUCGUCUAAAGAACAUGACCCUGUGGUGUAUACCACCUUGCUACAUCGUCUAAAGAACAUGACCCUGUACUGUAUACCACCUUGCUACAUCGUCUAAAGAACAUGACCCUGUGGUGUAUACCACCAUGCUACAUCGUCUAAAGAACAUGACCCUGUGGUGUAUACCACCUUGCUACAUCGUCUAAAGAACAUGACCCUGUGGUGUAUACCACCUUGCUACAUCGUCUAAAGAACAUGACCCUGUACUGUAUACCACCUUGCUACAUCGUCUAAAGAACAUGACCCUGUACUGUAUACCACCUUGCUACAUCGUCUAAAGAACAUGACCCUGUGGUGUAUACCACCUUGCUACAUCGUCUAAAGAACAUGACCCUGUGGUGUAUACCACCUUGCUACAUCGUCUAAAGAACAUGUCCCUGUGGUGUAUACCACCUUGCUACAUCGUCUAAAGAACAUGACCCUGUGGUGUAUACCACCUUGCUACAUCGUCUAAAGAACAUGACCCUGUGGUGUAUACCACCUUGCUACAUCGUCUAAAGAACAUGACCCUGUGGUGUAUACCACCUUGCUACAUCGUCUAAAGAACAUGACCCUGUGGUGUAUACCACCUUGCUACAUCGUCUAAAGAACAUGACCCUGUACUGUAUACCACCUUGCUACAUCGUCUAAAGAACAUGACCCUGUGGUGUAUACCACCAUGCUACAUCGUCUAAAGAACAUGACCCUGUGGUGUAUACCACCUUGCUACAUCGUCUAAAGAACAUGACCCUGUACUGUAUACCACCUUGCUACAUCGUCUAAAGAACAUGACCCUGUGGUGUAUACCACCUUGCUACAUCGUCUAAAGAACAUGACCCUGUGGUGUAUACCACCUUGCUACAUCGUCUAAAGAACAUGACCCUGUACUGUAUACCACCUUGCUACAUCGUCUAAAGAACAUGACCCUGUGGUGUAUACCACCUUGCUACAUCGUCUAAAGAACAUGACCCUGUGGUGUAUACCACCUUGCUACAUCGUCUAAAGAACAUGACCCUGUGGUGUAUACCGGCCAGUCAAAACGUAGGAAACAGCAGUUAAGACACCUGGACACCUGCUUCUGGUCAGAAACUGACUGGCACCCAGGCUAAACACAUCUUCCACUCUCUCCUUCUCCUUGACUAACUUGUGUGGUGAAUUAUGAUAUGUAUGAAAUUACAAUUGUCUGCACACAUGCCAGGUAAAUUACUAUGAAAAGAAAGCGUCUGCUAAAUGUCAUAUAUUAUUGUCUUAGUCAUUGUUUACAAUGAGAUGUUGUAUUUCCAGUUUCCUUCACCAUUUACUGUUCUAAUAAAGUCACAUGACCGUCUUCACCUGGUAUGUCUGUUCUAAUAAAGUCACAUGACCGUCUUCACCUGGUAUGUCUGUUCUAAUAAAGUCACAUGACUGUCUUCGCCUGGUAUGUCUGUUCUAAUAAAGUCACAUGACUGUCUUCGCCUGGUAUAUCUGUUCUAAUAAAGUCACAUGACCGUCUUCACCUGGUAUGUCUGUUCUAAUAAAGUCACAUGACUGUCUUCACCUGGUAUGUCUGUUCUAAUAAAGUCACAUGACUGUCUUCGCCUGGUAUAUCUGUUCUAAUAAAGUCACAUGACCGUCUUCACCUGGUAUGUCUGUUCUAAUAAAGUCACAUGACCGUCUUCACCUGGUAUGUCUGUUCUAAUAAAGUCACAUGACCGUCUUCGCCUGGUAUGUCUGUUCUAAUAAAGUCACAUGACCGUCUUCGCCUGGUAUGUCUGUUCUAAUAAAGUCACAUGACCGUC